CGUUUAUUUUAGUUAGUAACGAGAUUUCGAGCGCUCAACGUUGACGUCGCGGUUGAAAAUCGAAAAUCGUCCAAAGGCGGCAGAAAGCUCUCAUAACUUACAGUGCGUACUGACUAUGGUGAAACCCCGUUGCGACGCUGAAGUGUGCAAUUGUGUGCGGGCGCGCAGACAUGAAGUGAAUAAGAAAUUGGAAAAGCACUAAAACAUAACAUAUAUGUAAAAUAUAUAUUCAGAAAAAAAAAAACGAAAGAAGUAAAAAAACGCAAAAGAAAACGGCAAGAAACGUGGGUAAGGCCAAAAGCGAGGCAAAAACCGUCUAAAAAGCAGCAGCAAUAGCAACACCACCACCAGCUCGACGCUAAUCAGAAAAUAUUUCUUUAAGCCCAUCCAUCGCGCGCCUCAAAUCGAAAAAGCGCGAAAUAUUCAUUUCGGCCACAAACGAGCAGAAUGCACAGAACAGAGUGGCAUUCGGAGGCAUUCCAGCUGAGAGUCAGCCUCGAAUUUCAUCGAAAGGAUUCCGGUACAGAUCUGCAGAUGUCUAGGAAAAAAUGCAAUAAUAACCAACAGCGACGAGGUCGUCGAAGGCGAACGGAUUUGGGGAAUCUGCUGGGAAUCCGUGGGUCCAUCAGCCUGGCCAUUUUGAUGUUGACCAUUUGCAUGGCCAACACGUCGACUGCCGUGCCCGCCAUGGAAAGCAGCAGUGCAUCCUCCGCAGUCGUCACGGUCGCGGUCACGCCGAGCAUCCUGUCGAGCAGCUCCAGUGGCGGCAGCGUAGGCGGAUUCCACGGCCUUGCGGCCAGCUCCACGGAAUCCCCAUCCUCGGCCUCCCCGGAGCAGCAGCAGCCGCAGGGCCAAUGCCUGCAGGAUGGACUUUGGGUGGCCGAAUCCGCGACCCGUUGCCAAUACCAAACUAGCUGUCGUGCCAUCCAGCGCACUGGCCACUGCUGCCCCGAUUAUAAAUGCGAUUGCGAAAAGGAUGGCAAAACUUAUGCCAAUGGUGAUAAAUUGGUUGCCCCGGACACGCCGUGCACCGUGUGCUACUGCAAAGGCGGCGAGAUUGUUUGCAGCCCGGUGACCUGUUUCCGGCGAGAUGACUGCAUGCCCAAAUACGUGCCCGGUCGCUGCUGUCCGGAGUACGACAAUUGUCCAAUUCUCGAUAAUAAUCCACCGCUGGCCAGCGAGCCCGUUAGCAGCUCCACCACUUCCACGGCGAAACCGAUGGCAGUCGCUCAGCCGGCUGGAUUCAACUGGAACAUCACUAUCAAGGAGAUCACCAAGCCCACGGAGAUCCGCAUAACCGAUGACAACAAGGCCAAGCCAUCGAUUCCGACCAGAAAGCAGAGCAAUUUGAUGCUCACCACCGAGGGACCUGCACCACCAGUAACCAGCAGCUCCGUAGACAGCACCACUGCAGGAUCAGCAGGAGCCGCGGGAGCAGCAGCAACAACAGCAGCAGCAGCAGCAGCACCGGCAAUCAGCAGCACUGCAGCAGCAGCAACAUCACCCGCGACGGCAGCAACACCAACGGACGCCACAGCAACACCAGUGCCCAGCCAAGACGGCAACCAGAAAGCACUUCCAGGCGGCACCGAGAGCUUAAAGCUCAUCGCCUCGGUUGGCUACAUCGAAAGACCCCUCUCGCCCAGCAGUAGCAUCAUAGUGGAGCAACAGGUGAAGCCGCUGGUUACCUACAACGCCGACGGACUGCAGCCGCUGACCAGCAACGAUCCCAGCAAGGUGAACAUCAAGCGGGAAUACACCACCGAGGGAUCCACACUGAGCACCAAGAACUACGAGGAAUCCGCACUGCCCAUAUUCGUGCAGAAUGGCUUCAGAGAUUCGCUGGUGGAGCCGUCCGAUGGGGAACUUGAGCCCGAUACGGCGGGCAGUGACAACAUUUACCACAUCAUAUCCACCACCGAGGGACCUGGAACAGUGGUCAAAGUAACAACGGAUGCACCACCAAAGCCCAGCGAGACCUCACCCACCAUCCAAACCGUGAUCACUCCAAACACCACCAAGUCCGAUGUCGAGAGUAGCUCCGAUUCCGUCGCAGUAAGCAGUGAGAUGCCGCCAGCGAGCUCCACUCAUCACAUGGACGUGGAUGAUGAUGUGCCCCAGGUGGAAUCCAAUCCAGCCUAUCCCUCGCUGCCCGAGGACGACUUCAGUCUGCGGGACGUGAACUUUCCGCUCGUCGAGCUGGAGGACAUAGCCGAGUCCGAGAAGGAUGAGCCUCGGAGCAUACCCAGUCCCUUCGAGGUGGACCACAGGCAUGUGAAACUGGCGCCCGAUACCAGCCUGGAUGGCAGUGGCAGCGGAAGUGGUGGCGGCGACAUCGAUCUCUACCAGGAUAAGUCCUCUACCACCGAGGAAAUGAUGGCGUCCGGCUCAUCCAUUCACGAGAAGAGCUCCCUGGUGCCACUGCUGAUGUACAGUGGCGAGGACAUAUCCGGGGAGACGCGCAUCCAGAACGGCAGCGAUCUGCAGCUGGAGAAGAUCAGCCAGGGCGAGGAGAUGGAACUGGGCAGCGGGGAGAUCAGGGAGCCCGUCACCCCCAAAACCAAUUCGGUGUCCACGCUGGAGAUCGAUGAACUGGGCUCGGGAGCGGGCCAGGUGGGCGGUGUGGAUCCCAAGGCCGAUGCCGAGAGCCUGAAGCUGGACGAGAGCCAGGAAACGGUGGCCAGGACCAGUGCCAGUGGACUGGACAAAUCGUCGGCGAGGGCCGAGAAGAGCUUUGUGGAGCGGGCACUGCCAUUGGGGCGUCUAUACCUCCAGCGGAUCUACUGAGGAUCGCCGGCUGGAGUAGCUGGCAGACCUGGCAGAUCUAACCCUUUUAUUGUACAUACGGACACCAUGGGGCCUAGUGGCCUGGAAAGCAGCGAACAUCCAACCAACCAUUCAGUGAGCAGAGUGGCGGCAGAUUGUUAGGUUUAAGUAGCCAGAAGAAAGGGGAAGAAGAUUCCAUUAUCAUUUCCAUAGACUGCAUAGAACGACCUUUGAAUUUAUCAACUUUACGAACGUAAUCAUUAACUAACUAAUGUAUGAUUAGCAGAUUAGCAAAGCUGGGCUCCCCAAAUGCAAUAACGAAAUGUUUCCAUUAUCUGGCAAUCCAUAUUGCUUAGUUAUACUUCUAAUUUAUACAUACGUAUUGAGCUAAGUGCACUGAAAACAAAAUCAACCAUUGCCCCCACAUUUGGAAAUCAUCGAAUAAGUCGCAACAUAAACGAAGGAGAAAUUAUUUAACUUGUUUUAUCCCAUCAUGAUUUUAUUUAAUUUGUAAUUUAUUUCAUAACGAAUGCAAAUGAUUUUGAGAAAUGGUUCAAUGCAAUGGCCAACUGUGUAGUCCUCUUUGAAUUGAAAAGCUUUUAAGUUUAGACUGAAUAUGGCAAAGUUUUAAUUUAAAGCAAUUUACUCCUACUUUAACCAUAAUUUAUAUACAAUUUAAACUAAUUUUACUUUGACAUUGAGUCUUGAUGAUUAUCGCAGGAUUUUCCUGCAAAGGAAAAUCAAAAGCUCGAGUGAAUUUCAAAACGAAGAAAAGUGUCAAAAUGAAAACGCAGUCAUUCUUUAGUUAGUACAUACGAGUAUGAUAAAUAAUUAAUUACCUAUAUGAACAUAAUUUAUUUAGGCGAUGAUCGUGCACACUAUCACUCACACACAUACCACACAGAUUUUUUGAGAUAAUUAAACUAUAUUAUGAAAAUACUUUAACUAGCGUAAAUUUAGAUUGAAGCUCAUUUAACAAUGUAUGAAGUACGAAAUAAAAAUGAGGUAAUUCUAAACACACAA